AUGUACUGGGAAAGUUGUGCUCUGAUUAUUGUUUCGGUCGGUAGCAUUGGGCCGCAGAUCCUAGGCACCCUCUUCAAUUGGGGACUGCUCGGAGUGCUCAACAUGCAAGUGUAUCUUUAUGCCGUUUCGUUUCCGCGUGAUCCGCUGUUCUUCAAGUGCAUGGUAUAUAUCUUGCUUGUCUACGAGUGGAUCGAAACCGGUCUGAUCACCGCCUCAUUCUUCCGUGUCUACUUAUAUAACUACGGCAACCCGGAAGCUGUAAUCGGCUUUGAGUACACCUGGUUUGCGGUCCCUGUCAUGGGAGCCAUUGUAUCCGCCGUGGUACAGAUAUUCUUUGCCUGGCGUAUCUACAUUCUGUCUAAACUCAAAUUGUUAGCGGGAGGUAUUAUCUUACUGAGCCUCCUUCAAUCGGGUGCUGGCCUGGCGGGCGGUGCUAAGCUUGACCGUCUUCCCGCUAUUGAUGCCACGCGCUUGGCCGAGCCCGAGCUGAUCACCUGGCUUGUAACAAGCGGCGUCGUCGACCUCGUAAUCGCGAUAUCCAUGACAAUUUUAUUAAUUUCCUCCAAGACUGGCAUCAAGAGUACUGGUGCAAUGAUUGACCGCAUUGUCCGUAUGGGUAUUGAAACCGGUAAGCUCACUGCCACGCUGGCUAUCGUUUGUGCUAUCGUUGCAAAUGUUCCUCCUGUCAACCAAACACUUGUUUUCGAAUGCAUGGCUCUCGUUCUUGUCAAGUUAUAUGCCAACACACUCCUCACGAAUCUCAAUAGCCGCACGCUCGUUAUGAGGUCCUCGUCCGCCGAAGAAUCGUUCUCUGUCAACCGAUUAGAACUUCAGGUUCGCACUGAGACGAGCAUCACGGACUUCGAACGGUCUUCAGGCGGAAGAGCCCUCAAAGGAUCAGCUACAUUCGGAUCCAAAGGUCUCGAAGAUGAGGACGUGCAUAGCGACCAUAGCCACACCCGGCCGCAGGCAGGCAUCCGCGUUCAUAAGGAAAUUGUAUGCGAUAACAUCUAUCAACAGACUUCCAUAUGA